AUGCAGAUAUUCCGUUUCGGCUUCUCUGAAGAGUUUCUGUUUUGUGUGUGCAGUUUCUCACUGAACAUACAAACAAAAUCGGAAAGAGAAAAAGCCGUAGAUUCCUCUCUCAUUCUCUCUCUCUCUCUCUCUCUCUCUCACACACACACACAGACAAGAAGAAGCAUUGCAGCAACCGCAACAGAAUCCAUUGUGCUCUGAUGAGUCGCUACGACACAAAUCCUUUCGACGAUGACGUCGAGGUCAAUCCCUUUGCGGAUGGAAAUAAAGGAAAAGGGUCAGGGCAAUCGAGUUAUGGUGGAGGUGCAUUUUAUACUACUAACACUGGAAGUGUUCCCUCUGCAAACUCAAGGCUCUCACCCCUUCCUCCAGAGCCUUAUGAUCGUGGGGCUACCAUUGACAUCCCUCUAGACAACUCAAAGGACAUCAAAGCAAAGGAGAAGGAACUUCAAGCUAAAGAGGCUGAAUUGAAAAGAAGGGAACAGGAACUAAAACGAAGGGAAGAUGCUAUAGCACGAGCUGGAGUAGUUAUAGAGGAGAAAAAUUGGCCACCUUUUUUCCCCCUCAUUCACCAUGACAUUGCAACUGAAAUACCUAUCCAUCUUCAAAGGAUCCAGUACAUUGCAUUUUCAACAUGGUUGGGUUUGAUUCUGUGCCUUUUGUGGAACAUUGUGGCAGUUACUACUGCUUGGAUCAAAGGAGAAGGUCCUACCAUCUGGUUUCUUGCUAUUAUCUAUUUUAUUUCUGGUGCUCCAGGAUCCUAUGUGUUGUGGUAUCGCCCUCUUUAUCGUGCUAUGAGGACUGACAGUGCUCUCAAAUUUGGCUUGUUUUUCUUGCUCUACAUGUUGCACAUUGCCUUCUGCGUUUUUGCUGCAGUUGCUCCACCAAUUAUCUUCAAAGGAAAAUCUCUCACAGGAAUUUUGCCCGCGAUUGAUGUGAUGGGCGACAAUGCAUUGGUUGGGAUAUUCUAUUUUAUUGGGUUUGGACUUUUCUGUGUUGAGUCAUUGCUGAGCAUCUGGGUUAUACAGCAAGUAUAUAUGUACUUCCGCGGCAGUGGCAAGGCUGCAGUGUUAAAGCGUGAGGCUACGAGAGGGACAAUGAUGGCAGCUCUGUGACAGUGGCACUUAACAAAUGCUUUCUCAAUGGUUAUAAAAAAAAAGAAGAAGAUUUCUUUGGUUACCAGUUCCUUACGCACCUUUUACGCCUUCGUUAAUACCUGGAUUUUUUUUUUUAAGGUUUUGGCCUUUGGUUGAGUCAAAUCAGAUAAUUAAGAUAAAAGCUUAGUUGUGAAUAUAUAGAAAACAUUGUUUGAAAUGGCUCCUUACACAUGAUUCAUUUCGUAGCAUAUUUGUUUAUAAUUUUAUUAACAAAAUACUUCAGCAUAGAUUAAUAU